AGCGACAGUGUUUUACUCCAAAACCCAUAUCGCCUCUCUGUGUGGACCUUAAAAUACACUAAUAAUGUUAUGGUCAGCAGUCUAGGCUGUCGUGAACUUAAAAGACACAUUAGGUCAGCAUUACUAUUGUGGCAAUUCUGAUGUGAAGACAUGGACGACGAGGACAGUGCAGAUGAGCUGUUCAACAAGAACACCUCUAGGGGAAAAGGAAAAAAACCUGCUGCAUCUCUACCCUCUGAUGAAGAGCACUCAGAGGAAGAAAGUGAAGAUGUUGAAGAUGCAACAGACAGUGAGGAAGAUGAUGAAAAUGGGGAAGAGGAAGACGGCGAGCAAGUGGAUGUUAUAGAUGACAGUGAAGACGGGGGUGAUGAAAAGGAGCUGGAGGGAGCAGUAGGAAAUGCGCCGACGUUCCCUGCUGACUGGCUGAGCUCAGACGAGGAUGCAGAGAAAUGCCCUAUCUGUCUCAACUCCUUCUGCGACCAGCCAGUAGCUACGCCGGAGAACUGUGCCCACUACUUCUGUCUGGACUGCAUCGAGGAGUGGGCUAGGAAUGCAAACUCUUGUCCUGUGGACCGGAUUGUUUUCAACAACAUCUUACUAAGAAAAGGCUAUGGAGGAACAGUCCAGAAAACAAUUGUGGUUAAAAAGAAAGUGGACCCUGCAGCUGAGGAAGAGGUGGGUCAGCUUAUGGAAGACACCCAUUGUGAGGCAUGUGGAGGAUCAGACAGAGAAGAUCGCAUGUUGCUUUGUGAUGGUUGUGAUGCUGGGUACCAUAUGGAGUGUUUAACACCUCCCUUGAAUGCUGUGCCUGUUGAGGAGUGGUUCUGCCCACAGUGUGCACCAAACAACCACACCACAGGGCAGGGGAGGUUGAGUGAGGACGAGAGCAGCGUUUUUCCAACCACUAGCCGCUCUCGACCAGCACAGUCCAGAGCCAGACGGGCCAUCGCACGCACACAGCACAGUGAAAGAGUCCGAGCUAAUGUCAACAGACAUCGCAUCAUGCAGGCACGCACAGCUGCACAGGUUGCCCCUCAAAACUUGAUGCAGUCUACCUGGCUGGAUGAAACCAUCAAUGCCGUUCUAGCUAGACUCAACACAGAUGGGUUUUCAAGAGAGUUGACAACUGGCCCCCGAUCCCGCAGAAGACACAGGACAGUUAGAAGAAGGAAAACCAAAAAACAAGGAAAAGCCGCUGGGUACAAAACCUCAAACAGGAAGGUGAAGACACGGAAGCGCAAAGUGAGGAGAAGGAGAAGGAAAAGAAAAGAGGUGGUGAAGAAGGAGACCACAGCUCGAGGCCGUAUUGCGCAAAAUCUGGGCCUCAGGAAACCUACCCGUGGUGCUUCCAUUCCAUCUGUAUACCGCCCGUCUGACCAAUCGCUCAGAGGCAUGAGAGCAGAAAUUGGGGCAGCCUCGUUAUCCAUAUACGGAGACGCUGCUGUUCUCUCUAGCGGUGAUGAGGAGGCCCCGGAUUCACAUUUUACAUCUUUGCUGGAUGUUAAAUAUCGGGGUUUGUCUCGUUCUGCACUGCGCUCUCAUCAGCCCGUGGCCAGACCCAUGACUACUGGCUUGUCCAGGAAUGAGCACGGUAUCUCUCAGAUGGGGGUAAUGGCUGAGCCUGCACCAGUUCAAGAUUUGCUAGGCAGCAUACUCAGUGGUCAGACAUUGCUGCUCAUGGACAGCUCUGAUGUCAUCAUUAACAGAGAUGGCUCGCUAAAACCCACCAAGCCUGUGUCUUUGCCUUCUGUAAGGAGCAGCAGCUCAGGAAGCUCGGCUUUAGAAAGAACACUGUCUACAGAAGCAGCUUCCACACCCUCAUCCAGCCCUUUAACAUGCUCAUCAAACAGUUCCCUACGUCCCUGUUCUACCCCAGUAAUACCUGCAGCAUCCUCUCCACUGAUUCCCAAUUCACCACUUUCUCAAAUGCCAGUGCCCUCAAAACCUGCUGGAACUGGACAAAGUCACCGGGAUACCUGUGGCGUCAGAGGCCAGCCACCUGCCAAGGUUACAAACCGAGUCUCUGACUCUUGUCUUGGCGAAAGGGGUAAUACUUCCCAACAAGCCUCUGCAAAAAAGGCCCCUCCCAAGCCAGUGUGGGUUGAUGUGUCUGCAUUACCAAGAAUCCCGAAGAUUAAAAGAGAAAACACUUUAACGAACGGCAGCACUGGGAGCAAUAGCCACACCUUACCAGCAUCUUCCAUGACAAGUUUAGCAGGGGACAAAGGCCGGCAGUAUUCUGUUGACCAGCAGGGAACAAGUUCAAGCCAGCAAGGUAGAACGAUGAACCUGGCUCAGAGAACGGAAAAACCUGGACCUUCAGCCUCUUUUUCUAAUUCAUUCUCUAGUUCAUCAUCAGCUUCCAGCAUGAGAUCAAAUUCACAACCAUCAUCUACUGUCGUUAGUUUUCGUAUUGGUGGUAGUCGGAACCCAUGGCACGCUCGUCGGCUUUCUGUGCCUACAAAAGAUGAGGAAUCUGGAAAGCAAAAAAACAAGAAGAUGUUACUGGCGGCUCAUUCCAAGGCUAAAAAGGCCCCUGUAAAGAAUGAGGUAUAUGAUCCCUUUGAUCCCACAGGUUCUGAUUCCUCAGAAAAUGAAGCUGAGGAAGACAAGGAUAACACUGGCACUUUGCAGAGUCCUUCAGCUGUGGGAAAAUAUAAAUGUCCUGAGCAACAGAUUAAAACAGAAUCUAUGGACUUGGAUUCACCUGUAGAGGAAGAGAAUCCUGGAAUUUUCGCCAAAGUCAAACAAGAACCGUCUUCUCAUAAAGAUGACCCUUGGUCACUGCCUUCCCAUCAGUUAACCACACAUAUUAAAUCAAGAAGUCUUGACACCAUUGAGGCAUAUGGGGUAAACCCAGUGACAUCUGAUGCAGAGUGCACUGGAACGUCUGAAAUGCCAAUUACGAACACUGUGGCUCAUUCCAGAUCAAGCUCGUCCUCUAGUCACCACAGUGAGAAGAAGAUAAAGAUGGAGGUAAAGAUUGAACCAGAUUCUGAGGAAUCUGAGGAUGAAGACUUCAAGGGCAAUGGAUUUAGACAUAAACUGCCCACAAUAGCUGAUAGCUCUGAUGCAAGUGACAGGAGCAAGGAAAGAGAAAAAAGAUCACCACCCUUCCAUUCAGGAUCUUCUUCGCAGAGUAGUUCCAGAUCCUCAGAACACUCUAAUAAGAAAAAGAAACACUCACAUUCAGAAGACAAAAAGCAAUCACACUCUAGCUCUCCAGUUCGCAAAGAGUCUCGCUCAAAACAUAAUGAGCGAAGGCGGUCACAAGAACGGAAGCACUAUCGGGACAGAGGGCAUUCAGGAGAAUCUGGACGCUCACGAGACCCAGAGCAUUCACAAGGCCGGGUUCGAUCACGAGAUGGAGAGCGUUCACAAGAGCUGUGUGAUUCACCAGACAGAGAGCGUCCACGAGAAAGAAAUCAUUCACGAGUUGUAGAGCGUUCACAAGAGCUGGGACAUUUACCAGACAGAGAGCGUCCACGAGAAAGAAAUCAUUCACGAGUUGUAGAGCGUUCACAAGAGCUGGGACAUUUAGCAGACAGAGAGCGUCCACGAGAAAGAAAUCAUUCACGAGUUGUAGAGCGUUCACAAGAGCUGGGACAUUUACCAGACAGAGAGCAUCCACAAGAAAGAAAUCAUCCACGAGUUGUAGAGCGUUCACAAGAGCUGGGACAUUUACCAGACAGAGAGCAUCCACGAGAAAGAAAUCAUUCACGAGUUGUAGAGCGUUCACAAGAGCUGGGACAUUUACCAGACAGAGAGCAUCCACAAGAAAGAAAUCAUCCACGAGUUGUAGAGCGUUCACAAGAGCUGGGACAUUUACCAGACAGAGAGCAUCCACGAGAAAGAAAUCAUUCACGAGUUGUAGAGCGUUCACAAGAGCUGGGACAUUUACCAGACAGAGAGCAUCCACGAGAAAGAAAUCAUUCACGAGUUGUAGAGCGUUCACAAGAGCUGGGACAUUUACCAGACAGAGAGCAUCCACAAGAAAGAAAUCAUCCACGAGUUGUAGAGCGUUCACAAGAGCUGGGACAUUUACCAGACAGAGAGCAUCCACGAGAAAGAAAUCAUUCACGAGUUGUAGAGCGUUCACAAGAGCUGGGACAUUUACCAGACAGAGAGCGUCCACGAGAAAGAAAUCAUUCACGAGUUGUAGAGCGUUCACAAGAGCUGGGACAUUUACCAGACAGAGAGCAUCCACGAGAAAGAAAUCAUUCACGAGUUGUAGAGCGUUCACAAGAGCUGGGACAUUUACCAGACAGAGAGCAUCCACGAGAAAGAAAUCAUUCACGAGUUGUAGAGCGUUCACAAGAGCUGGGACAUUUACCAGACAGAGAGCAUCCACGAGAGAGAACGCAUUCUCAGGAUGGAGAGCGUUCACACGAUUCACCAGACAGAGAACGUUUACGGGACCAGGGGCGCUCGCGUGAUGAAGAUCAUUUGCGAGAUUGUGGACGUUCCCGAGACGGAGAGCAUUCACGAGGCAGGGAGCGAUCAGGAGACCAGAGAGGUUUGGCUCGUUCCAGCAGCAGAGAGAGUUCAAGGGAGAAAAACCUUAAGCGUGAAAGACAUGAACAGAACAGCAGUGAGAGAGAACACCAGAAAAGGCCCAAGAAGAAAAGCUCUAGGUCUAGAUCCAGGUCCAAAGAAAGAAAAAAAGAGGGGCUCUCUUCAGAGCGGUCUUCCUCUGGGUCCAGGGACAGAGAAAUUAAAAGUACUAAAGUGAAAAGUAUUAUAUCAGGAGACCAGAGACAGAAAAAGGAUGUUCCACAGGGCCCUCAGGACAAAAAUGAUAGCCCUGUAAAAAUGGAACCAUUAGACUCUGAUGAUGCUUCAGUGAAUGAUGUGUGUCAUGACCCUGCUACAGUAGAAUCAAAACAGACUAAUAUUGAAAUAAGCAGCCUGACUGUGGAGCCAAAAGAGGAGAACAUGGAGGUAGAACCUCUCCAAACAUUAUGGACAGUGAAGCAGGAACCUGUAGACUCUUCAGAUGAAGACAUCACUGUAGACUACUUGAUUGACAGUUUAGACUUUAUUAAGAAAGAGGUAAAGACGGAUUCAGAGACUCAUCCAUCAGGUGCUUUGGAGCCUCAGCCUGUCGUAUCGGAGGCACCAAUAACUGUUAAGCAGGAAUCUACUACGGUUGGGACUGGAACUAAGACCCCAUCACAGGGUAAACGAGUUACCUGGAAUAUACAAGAGCCAGAGGUCUCUCAGCCAGAUAAAAUGAGCAAGCUCGCACUCUUUAAAAUAAAACUGAAGCAGGAAGGGUCCCGUAGGGCCGGCUCUUCUGCAUCAUUACGGGCUGCUAGUAAGGAUGUGGCUGCUGCACAGGAGAUGUCAAACCCAGCAACUACAAGCCUCAACCCUGCCCUGCCUGAAGGAACAUCGGACUUUGGUCAGAAACGAUCAUGCAAGGAAGUGGAGGCAACAAUUCCCCAGCAGAAGGAAAAGUACUUGAAGAAGCUUCAUAUGCAGGAACGGGCUAUAGAGGAGGUGAAACUGGCCAUCAAACCCUUUUAUCAGAAAAGAGACAUAACAAAGGAUGAAUACAAAGAGAUCCUACGAAAGGCUGUUCAAAAGGUGUGUCACAGUAAGAGCGGGGAGAUUAACCCAGUGAAGGUAGCCAACCUGGUGAAGGCAUAUGUGGAUAAGUACAAAUAUGCCAGGAAGCAUCAUAAGGAAGAGGAUUCCACAGAGGUGGAGAGUGCUGAAAACCUCAACGACCCUCAAACACUGACCCCCUUUGACUGAAUUAAUUAACCUACUCAAGGAAUAGAUCUUCAACUACUUUAAUUGUCUCAAAACCAUGUCAUCUAAAGGUCUGAAUGUGUGAAUUCAGUUGUUUAAUGCAUUAUAUCUUUAUGUACAGGAUUUUUGCUUUUGUAUAGCGACGUUUAAAAAAAGUCCAGUGUGGGACAAAAAUCAUUUUAUAGUAGUGUGGAUGUAUACAAGACAAGAAGUAUAGUAUGCCAUCAUAUUUGUACAGUGAUGACAUUUGAU